UCCGCGCCGGCUCCUACUAAUCUGCCGUGAAAGCCACUGCAGUUGAGGGUAAAAAUGCCGACAUUGGCGAUUGUCUCCCCGAAUGAUCGACCAGUCUUCGAAGCGACGUUUCCUCAAGCGUUUGCUGGCAAGCACGUCGUCGUGGAACAGCUAGUUCUUCACAGCAGCCUUGACAUGGUCGACGAAAAGAUGUGGGACACGAGAGACAUGUAUCUGCGAGUUGUUGACCGAUAUCAUGAUCAAUCGAUUUCUGCGUUUGUUACGCCAAGCAACUACCGAUUUCUUCUGUUGCAUGACACUGGCGAGGAGGACGGCAUCAAACAUUUUUUCACCGAUCUACACGAUCUCUUCAUCAAGGCAACGCUUAAUCCGCUUUAUGUAGAGUCCGAGCCUAUUCGAUCGACGUCAUUUCAUGAUAAGGUUAUGCUCCUAGCUCGCAAAUAUUUAUGA